UCUAAGAAUUGUUAUCAGUAAGAAACAUAUAUAAGUUGCAAUUCGGUUGCAAAUCUUACUUGAAAUAAUUUCAACUCCUUGACGAGUAUCCAAUCCAAGUUGAAAAAUGUUUCAACACAUCUUCCUCAUUGCCUGUUUAGCUGUUUCUGCUCUAGCCUCCCGCUCUGCAAACCAGUACAUCGAAAAUGUGAUACAAACUUCCCUCCCAAAUGAAGUUCGAGCUCUUGGCUUAGAUCCGGCUCCUUUGGUAAACUUCAAUGUGCAGUUCGGACCACAAACUGUAUAUGGAUCUCAAGGUCAGGCGAAUUUCACCCAAGGAAAUGUUACUGGCUUAACAAGAGUUCAACGAGCUUCUGAAUGUAGUGGACCCACCAACUUCCGGGGAGAAAUCACUAUCAACUGUACUCUUAGCUUAUUUCCAGUUACCACUGGCCACAAAGUGUGGAUCCGUAACGGCACCAACACAUUUGUUUCUAGAAGCGUCGGCAACGUAGACAAGACUUUAGUGCAUGUGGUAAUUGCUGGAUAUCCUCAGAACUACGUUGGUUCUGUAAAAUCAUUUACGAUUACUCGUCUUGGGCAAGUCAGACCAUCUUUCGUAAAUUUCCCAGCACCCCUCAACAAAUAUUUAAAAGUUCUUAAAGAUGUUUAUCAGUCUCAAGUUACAUCACAACUAUACAAUAUUGUUCAACAGCGGUUUGUAUAUGCUUUAGGCAGAGCUAUUGCUAACAAGCCGAUGCCUAGACAAUAAUUUGUUACCCCAAUAAAGUUCUUUUGUUAAAUCA